UAUAACGAACAUAGUAGUGGUAUUUAAUUAUGAUCAAUACUUAUUAAGGUAAAUUCACAAAUCAUUGAGGAGUUAAAGAACAAUGACAGAGUGAAAGUUGUCUUGGCCACCAUUGCGCUUGGAAUGGGAGCUGACCUGCAAAAUGUGAAACGCAUUAUUCAUGCUGGACCGCCAACCAGUCCAGAAGUGUAUGUACAAGAGGUUGGACGUGCUGGAAGAGAUGGCCAAGCAGCAGAAGCUGUUUUAUACUUCAAUAACUCUGAUCUUGCAGAGAAACCUGUCGAAAACAGCAUGAUCGAGUUUGUUCGGUUAAAGUCAUGCAGGAGACAGUACCUAUCUACAUACUUUGAUGCACCCAUUGAAAGUGUCAAUAACUGUUGUGAUGUGUGUAGCAAUGACAGAUCAAAUAUCCGUGGUUUUAAGGUUCCCUCACUGGAACAAAGACAUCAUGUGAGACUCUCUCUUCAAACAUAUGUAAAUGCUGACUCUUCAGGAGAGUUAGCAUUUCUUUUGUCUGAGGAAAAGCUUCAGACAAUUGUUCAUUGUUUUGAGUACAUCAGAGAUGAGACAUCUCUUUCAUCAUUGUUAAAUGCAAAUGUACCCGAGGCGGUUUCUAAUUCUCUUUUUUCUAUCUUAUCAUUGUUUCAAAAUUCUUAAACUUAUUCUGUUCGACAUUGAUGGAUUGAUAUAUUGUGACUUUUAAUACCAAUGUCAGUUCUACUUUUUUGUAAUUCCACGGACUUAAUAAUAAUUUCAGGUUUUGAUAAUACAUGUAUACUUACUUAAUAGUGCACUUGCAACAUCAGUCUCAUCAACUGAUUAGCAAAUUCCGGAAUUCAUGCAUUUUAAAAAGUUUCAAUAUGCGUAAAUUUUGCUUUCAUCACAAGUACUUGAUUGGUGUACAAUAAGCAGUGUGAAAGGUGCUAAAAUAUGAUUACUGCUAAAUAAAAUAUGAUUACAAUUUGAAUGUGCAAUUGUCAAGAA